AUUUAAUUGAAAACAGAGAAAAAACAGAAGAGGAUGUUGCCAAAACAGAGGAGGAAUGUGACAUUAUAAGGAAUGAGAAUAUGCAAAGAAUAGACGGUGAACAAGAGACCGUGUUGCAAACAACUUCAACUGAAUCAACAAUUUCGAUUUAAAAGAGUGUUCCUGAAAUUGAAUACAAUAGAGUCCCUCAAGCGAAAGAAAGGAUUAAACAUACCAUGAAAUUUACUACGGAAGAGGUACAAACCACUUCUGAAGUAAUUCCAAUCAAGAGGAAAGAAAAAGAAAGGAUCAUAGUGAGGAUUAAAAAUCCACAAAAGGAAAAAAUAAAUCCUAGGGGUCAACCACCAAAAAAAGUUACAUUCAAAAUUAAAGGUGAUGUUCAUGGAGUGAAGGCGGCACCUAUAUUGGACAAUGAUCAAAGGAAUGAAUCUGAGAAGUUGGAAGAUAACACAAAAGAGCAUGAAAAUGAAGAGAUGCCCCUGAAAAAUCAAAAAGAAACAGAAAAUGCCGAGGCAGAGCCAACAAAAUCAGAGAAAAAGAACGAAGAGAAGACAGAAGCUGAUGAGUUAAGGCUGCCAACUGUUACAACUCAUUCAAAUGAGUUAGAAGCAAAAGAGCAUGAAAAGGAAGAGAUGCCCCUGAAAAAUAAAAAAGAAACAGAAAAUGCCGAGGCAGAGCCAACAAAAUCAGAGGAACAGAAGGAAGAGAAGACAGAAGCUGAUGAGUUAAGGCUGUCAACUGUUACAACUCAUUCAAAUGAGUUAGAAGCAUCAUCUUCAGGAACAAAAGCAAUUACUGAAGAAAAAGAAGAUGAGGAGUUAGAAAUGGCAAUACAAUUAGCAAUUGCAAACUCGUUGGAAAACAAUGAUUCAAAGAAUGAAUCCAACAAAGAAGAAAAAGACCUCGUGGAAACUGAAAAUGAUGAAACAGAUGAUGAAGAAGUUGGUGAUGAGGAAAAGAAUGAUAACAGUGACAGAGAAAUACCAAGAACAGCUACAGGGUGGGAGAAUGUUAAGAAACCAACUGGUUGCCCAAUGGAGAAAAAGGAUUCCAGGGAGGAGGAUGAUAAUGUAGAAGAUGAUGAAAAUCAGAACACUGACGAUGAUGAAAAUCAAAACGCAGAAACUGAUGAAGAAGAGAACGAUGAGAAUAAAUCUACAAACCUCAAAUCAACUUCAAGGCAGGAAGUUAUCGAAGAAGAUGAGAACAUUAACAAUGAUGAAAUUGUUGCAUCUCCUUCGAAAAGAAUGAAGAGAAAAAGCGUCGCACCAAAGACAAAAGUGCAAUCAGUGACCAUUGAGAAACAAGAUGGUGAUCCGGUGGAAAAAGACGAUGAAGAAACAGAUGAUGAUAUACUGAUUAGUCAGUUCAGAGUGGCAAGGACACAACCACCAAGAAAAAGAACAAAAAAGCAAGAGAAAAAGGAUGAAAAAGAUGUUGAAAAAAGAGGAAAGGGAGUGGUACAGAAAAAGGCAGCAAAGGCCUUGGGAACAAGAACCCCAACAAGAAGAAGCUUAAGAGUACAAGAAAGUGUAAAAGCUGUUGAAGAAGAGGAGGAAGAGAGAGAGAUUGUAAAGGAAACAAAAAGAAAACUUGGGAGAAAGCCCCGUAAAACAGUGAAGAAAGAAGAAUCUGACAUCAGUGAAGAAGAUGAAGAAGAUGAUGAAAAUUAUGAGGCGGAUGAAGAAGAAGUAGAAGAAGAAGAAGCGGAAGAGGAGGAAAAGCCAUUCAACAAGAGAAAGAGACAACAAUUAGAGAUUGUGACAAGAGCAGAAAAAAACAAAGGAAAAUUAAGGAAAAUCGAAGAGGAUGAUGAUGAUUAUCUGGAGAUAUUGGAGGUUUAUGAGGAUACAAAGCCGAUUGUUCCAAAGCAAAAGAAAAAGGUGGUGUUGUAUCAGAAGAUUCCCCCAGCGCAAUUGAUAGAACUUAUCAAGAUAAUGCCUGACGAGCACAAGGAAGCUGUCAGGAAAAUUGGAUUUGGGGGAUUUCUGAGUCUGAGCAUGGCAAAUCACAAUUCAGCGUUGGCAGAUUACAUAGUGUCAAGCUCAAAUGUAGAUCGACAGUCAAUAGUUCUGCCUGGAAGUGGUGGAAUUUUUGUCACACCUGAAGAUGUUCAUCAGGUGUAUGGUGUACCAUUGGGAGGCGAAGAGAUUGUGGAGCCAGAAAAUGAAGACAUUGAUGAUAAUUAUGUAGAGUUCUUAGCAACAUGGAGGAAAAGUUUCAAACUGAAGAAGGGAAGCCCAACAAACUUGCCACUAAUUUCUAGAAUAAAGGACCUGAUGCUUGAACCAGUAUCCAAUGAGUUCAUUUGGAACUUCGUCAUUGCUGCAGUGAACUCCUGUAUGAGAUCAACCAACAACCCACAAGUAUACAUCAGAUUCAUGUACAGCUGUAUGAACACAAACACGAUUGCGAAUCUGGAUUGGAGCACGUUUGUGUACAGACAUUGGAAGAAAUCUGUUUGUGAAUGGAAAGCCGGAACUUCUUUCUAUACAGGACCUCUACCAUUCCUCUUGGUGUUGUACUUCGAUCGAUUACAAAGAGGAGGCCAACAAGUACCAAGACAAAUCCCACUUUUAACAGUGUGGAACAGAGAAAGAAUGACAAACAGAAUUGCCAUUGAAAAAGCAAGGGGAUUUGGUCAAGGUAUAGUGCUGAAUCGCAUAGGAGCUGAGCCAACUGUCCAAGAAAAUGCAAUGCCCGAAACCGAAAUCCCAAAAAAAACAGAAGCAACAAAUAUGGCAGGAUCUUCUUCAAAUGCAAAAUCUGAAAUGAUGGAAUUUUCGGAAAAUUUUGGUACAUUGGCAAAGACGCUUGCUUCGAAUGUCAACGAGAUGUACAACAUGCUAGACAAAGCAAAUGAAAUGUUUAACGAGGCUGAUACAACAGACAAAAUGCAUAGCCUAGUUGAAAACAUUUGGAACAAGUACACCUCUAAGAAACAAAUGAUGAGCCAAAACAAAGAUGAAAAAGAGCCAAAAAACAAAACCCCAUCACUUCUAAGCCAAGAUCAGCAUCUGUUUGACGAGCCUGGUUUCAUGGAGGAGUUGGAUAAGUUAAUGGCAAAUGCAUGGAAUAUGUAUCAUGAGCAAAAGGCCAAUGAAAACAAGAAUCAAAGAACUCCAACUGAAGCACAGAUACAUGAAACAGUGGAUCAUCCAGAGUAUUUCAAUACUCCAAGGCUAGACAUACCAACUCCAAAGUUCAGAUUAAGAACCCCAAGCCCAGAACCUGAAAUUCCUUCCAACUCUGAAAUUCCUUCCAACUCUGAAAUCAGGAAGCCUGCCAAUAAAUCUGCAUCAAAUGAAACACCAGAAACCACAAGGAUUGAAAUUGCAAAAUACACAAGCUUCAACUUACUAUCGCCCUCACCAACCAAAAAAGGAGAACAGCCUGAAAAUGCAGUGGAUGAACCAACUUCUGAAAAUUUGAUGAAAAUGGCUGAUGCAGCAGCUGAGGAAAGCGAGAAAGCUAUGAACAGUGGAGAUGCAAAACAGAAGGGCAAGGAACAGAUUCAAGGGGAAAAGGAAGGGAAAAAAGGAAUGUGGAUAGACUUCCAUUGAACUUAAGGUCUCCUUUCAUGAUUGAAAAUGAAAGCAAAUUCAAGAAUGUUGAAGAAGGGUAUAGGAGGGUGGCAGAGUAUGCAUUUGCUGAAGGAGAUAUAACGGAGAUCUUGUAUUAUGACACCGUCACCACAAUCACUAGAGAAGAUAUACAUACUCUGGCAGCUAAGGAACAUCUCGUGAACAACAUUAUUGAUGCUUAUUCAUAUAUCCUGAACAUGGAAAACAAAAGGAGGGGUGUAGGGAAAACAAACAGAUUCUUUUUCUCCACACAAAUUUACCUUACACUAUGCACAAAGACGUAUUUCAAUGCAAAGGAUACACAAGAAGAGAGAAUGGAAUUUCUGUUUAGAAGGAUGGAAACAGAGAUGAAUCAUGCAGGAGUGGACAGCUUCAAAAAUAUACAACUGGUAUUCAUGCCUGUCGUAAAUGGAGCACACUUCUACCUACUUUACGUGAAUUUCUUGGAAAGCAAACUUGAUCUCAUCGAUAAUAGACCAUUGCCGGCAAAGAUUUCGUUCUUCAAGAAAUAUGCAAAUGAACCAAAACAAAUGUUGAGGGGGUUUGCAAAAAAUUUCUGCCAUAUCGACAAGAUUCAAAGCACAGAGUAUGUGUAAUCAUUUAAAACUCGGACAAUUAAAAUGCCAUGGAGAAGCUUAAGCAACAAGAAUGAUUGUGGAGUGUUUUUGAUGAGGCACAUGCAGACAUAUGAGGCAGAAGAUGCAGAAAAAUGGGAAUGUGGACUUGAGAAAGACAAUAUUGAAAUACUACAAAAACUGAGGGUAGAAUAUUGUGGGAAAAUAUUAUCAUCAAAGCUGAAUGACGAGCAUCAUGCAAUUUCAAUGAAGUCGAGGAAAUGGAAGAAAGAGAUGAGAAUAGAUUAGAUUAAAUAUGAUUAGACUAGAACUUUAUUAUAUAAUACUUUGAUUUGAAGGUAGUUUGAAUUACAAUUUCUGUGUGUUCCUUUUUUAAUUUGAACCAAGAUUAUGUAGUCUAGAUAAUAUUUGAAAAAGAUUGUGUGUGUUGAUUUUCACAUGUUGU